GUCAACCACCCAGAACACAUCCAGCGGGGAUCACCAGGCUGUUGUCUAUAUGGAAUGGGUACAAGCAUUGUUUAGGUAAACAGAACUAGGCCUCUGUUCUUUGUCCCCACUUGUCCAUGGGACUCAGGUGACCUUAAAACAACCUGCUCUCUCUGGGCUGUGAGGGUUUCCAUCGUUGUAUGGCAGACACCCAUAUGAACAUUUACAGUAAUGCCUUGAAUGGAACGGCUGAGAAAUGGCAUUUCAAAAGGCAGUUAAAGGGACUGUUCUAGUUGGAGGAGGAGCUCUCGCCACGGUGUUAGGACUGUCGCAUUUUGCUCAUUACAGACGGAAACAAGUGAACCUUGCAUACGUCGAAGCAGCCGAGUGCUUGACUGAACCUGUCAACAGGGAGCCUCCAUCGAGAGAAGCUCAGCUACUGACUCUGCAAAACACAUCUGAAUUUGAUAUCCUUGUGAUUGGAGGAGGAGCAACGGGCAGCGGCUGCGCACUUGAUGCUGUCACCAGAGGACUAAAAACAGCCCUUGUUGAAAGAGAUGAUUUCUCAUCAGGGACCAGCAGCAGAAGCACUAAAUUGAUCCAUGGUGGUGUGAGAUAUCUUCAGAAGGCCAUCAUGAAGUUGGAUAUUGAGCAGUAUAGGAUGGUAAAAGAAGCCCUUCAUGAACGUGCCAACCUACUAGAAAUUGCUCCCCAUUUAUCAGCUCCGUUGCCUAUAAUGCUCCCAAUUUAUAAGUGGUGGCAGUUGCCUUACUACUGGGUAGGAAUCAAGCUCUAUGAUCUGGUGGCAGGAAGUAAUUGCUUGAAAAGCAGUUAUGUCCUCAGCAAAUCGAGAGCCCUUGAACAUUUCCCCAUGCUCCAGAAAGACAAACUAGUAGGAGCGAUUGUCUACUAUGACGGACAACACAACGAUGCGCGGAUGAACCUUGCCAUUGCCCUCACUGCUGCCAGGUAUGGGGCUGCCACAGCCAAUUACAUGGAGGUAGUGAGCUUGCUCAAGAAGACAGACCCAGAAACGGGCAAAGAGCGUGUGAGCGGCGCCCGGUGCAAGGAUGUGCUCACAGGGAAGGAGUUUGAUGUGAGAGCCAAAUGUGUUAUCAAUGCUACAGGACCUUUCACAGACUCUGUGCGCAAAAUGGAUGAUAAGAAUGCCGCGGCUAUCUGCCAGCCGAGUGCUGGUGUCCAUAUUGUGAUGCCUGGAUACUACAGCCCCGAGAGCAUGGGACUUCUUGAUCCAGCAACCAGUGAUGGGCGAGUUAUUUUCUUCUUACCCUGGCAAAAGAUGACCAUUGCUGGCACUACUGACACUCCAACUGAUAUCACGCCUCAUCCAAUUCCUUCAGAAGAAGACAUCAACUUCAUUCUGAAUGAAGUGCGUAACUACCUGAGCUGUGAUGUGGAAGUGAGAAGAGGGGACGUCUUGGCAGCAUGGAGUGGAAUCCGUCCCCUUGUUACUGACCCCAAGUCUGCAGAUACUCAGUCCAUCUCUAGAAAUCAUGUUGUUGAUAUCAGUGAGAGUGGCCUGAUCACUAUAGCAGGAGGAAAGUGGACAACUUAUCGAUCUAUGGCUGAAGAUACCAUAAAUGCUGCUAUCAAGACUCACAACCUGAAAGCAGGACCUAGUAGAACAGUCGGGCUUUUCCUUCAAGGGGGCAAAGAUUGGAGCCCUACGCUCUACAUCAGGCUCGUUCAGGAUUAUGGACUUGAAAGCGAGGUGGCACAGCACCUUGCCGCCACCUAUGGUGACAAGGCCUUUGAGGUGGCCAAAAUGGCAAGUGUGACUGGAAAGAGGUGGCCUGUUGUUGGAGUGCGUCUUGUGUCAGAAUUUCCAUAUAUUGAGGCAGAGGUGAAAUAUGGGAUUAAGGAAUAUGCCUGCACCGCCGUGGAUAUGAUUUCACGCCGCACUCGUCUGGCCUUUCUCAAUGUUCAGGCAGCAGAGGAAGCCCUACCCCGGAUUGUUGAACUGAUGGGAAGAGAACUGAAUUGGGAUGAUUAUAAGAAAGAGCAAGAACUAGAAACAGCCAGGAAGUUUCUUUAUUAUGAAAUGGGCUAUAAAUCCCGAUCAGAACAGUUAACAGAUCGCUCUGAAAUCAGCUUGCUGCCUUCGGACAUUGACAGGUACAAGAAGAGAUUUCAUAAGUUUGAUGCAGACCAGAAAGGAUUUAUUACCAUUGUUGAUGUUCAGCGUGUAUUAGAGAGUAUCAACGUCCAAAUGGAUGAAAAUACACUCCAUGAAAUUCUGAAUGAAGUAGAUUUAAACAAAAAUGGACAAGUUGAACUCAACGAAUUUCUGCAGCUGAUGAGUGCCAUUCAGAAGGGAAGGGUGUCUGGAAGCCGGCUUGCUAUCCUAAUGAAGACAGCUGAAGAAAACCUGGACAGAAGAGUCCUGAUUCCCGUGGACCGCAGUUGUGGAGGAUUGUGAGUCCGAACAGUCAGUCCACAGGCGACAGACAUAGGAACAAUCCAAUGACCAUGUGACCACAGAGAUGACUUAAACCACUCUAAAACAAUGGAUAUGGAGAGCUGCCUUUUUUUUUUUAAA